AUGAGGCUGAUAGGAGAGGGUUACAGCAGUCAGCUGACCAUACAGGACCAGAGACACAUCAUCAGCCUGGCCUUCAGGAUGUGGAGCGAGGUGUCUCCCCUGGAGUUUAUAGAGGACACAUCCUCUCCCCUGGCGGAUGUAGACAUCAAACUGGGUUUUGGAACAGGGAGACACUUGGGAUGCAACCAGAAGUUCGAUGGUACUGGACGAGAGUUUGCUCACGCCUGGUUCCUGGGAGACAUUCACUUCGAUGACGAUGAACAUUUUACUGCACCUAACACUGGCAGUGGGAUCAGCCUGCUCAAAGUGGCAGUGCAUGAGAUAGGCCACGUCCUGGGCCUGCCUCACAUCUACAGGACUGGUUCCAUUAUGCAACCCAGUUACCUGCCCCAGGAAGCAGGCUUCGAGAUCAACUGGAUGGACAGGAAGUCCAUACAGCACCUCUAUGGGGGCUGUAAGGGUCAGUUCAACACAGUGUUUGACUGGAUCAGGAAGGAGAGAACCCAGUACGGUGAGGUGGUGAUUCGUUUCAACACCUACUUCAUGAGGGACGGCUGGUACUGGCUCUAUGAGAACAGGACCAACCGGACCCGCUAUGGUGACCCGGUGGCUCUUCAGGUGGGCUGGCACGGCAUACCCCCCGACGGGGUAGACGCAUGUGUUCACGUGUGGAACAGGAACACUGAUGCUGUCUACUUCUUUAAAGGCACCCAGUACUGGAGGUAUGACGAUGACAAUGACCAGGUGUUUACAGUGGACCCUGAGGGACACCUCUACCCUAGACUCAUCUCUGAGGGGUUCCCAGGGGUGCCCAGUCCUAUAGACACAGCCUUCUAUGACAGGAGGGACUACCACAUCUACUUCUUCAAGGGCACUUAUGUGUAUGUGUUCGACGUGACAGCCAACCGCGUGUCUCCAGGCUUCCCCAGGAAGAUCACCGCUGUGUUCCCAGCAGUAGUGUCUGGGGAUCACCCGGGCGGUAGCAUAGACGCCGCCUACUUCUCCUACACGCACAACGCUGUCUUCCUGGUCAAGGAUACGCAGUUCUGGAGGGUGGUGGGGAGGAGCAGAGACCGCUGGAGGAGACCGGCGCUGCCACGCAACGGCCUGCUGCCACACAACGGCCUGCUGCCACACAGGAAGGUGGAGGAACAGUGGUUUGACAUUUGUAACGUUCACCCCUCGGCCCUGAAAGUGGCCCGUCGAUGAGAGGGGGGGCUAUGAGGAU